AUGAGCAGUGGUAGCAGGCAGGAAACGCAUUCGGCGGGCAGGCUACACAGGGAUAACGCGCGAAAGAAACACUUCAAUGAGAUCAACUUCGAUAAAGUUAACAGCCGGGUGCUCGAUGCGGUCCAGGGGAUCAGCAAGGCGAAUGCGCGGUGCUGCGACUGCAACGGGACCGAGAACGUGGAGUGGGUAUCCACGAACUUGCUUUGUGUUCUUUGCAUCAAGUGUUCUGGAGUCCAUAGAUCCAUGGGCUCGCACAUCUCCAAAAUACGGUCUCUGACACUCGACAGUUUCCACUCCAACGCAGAGCUGCUGUACCUGAUAGAAAACAAGAUUAACAACGAGACCGUCAACAACAUAUACGAGGCACAGCUGAGCCCCAGGUACAAGAUCACGCCGCAGGCGGUGGAUUGGCAGCGCUUGAACUUCAUCACCAACAAGUACAAGCUGAAGAAGUAUGUUGGUGGGAAAUGCGACUCCCUGCAGGAGUCCCUAAAGCAGAUCGUAAAGGCAAUCCAGCUGAACAGUAUACAACUGUUGCAGAUUGCUCUCGCACAGAGCGAUGUGUCGUUAAAGAAAAUUAGCGUCGAGUUCAAUGCUACCAUGGCGGACUCCCUGUUCCAGUUCACCCUCAAACACAACGAGGUUGUUGGUGGGAAACACCUCUUUUUCAUAACGGAGUACCUCUUGAUCAACGACAUGAAUUUGGACAGUAAACGGGAUAAUUUUGGGAGAAAGGGCGCAGUAACACCCACAACGAAUAAAGACGCUGUAGUCUAUUGGAAGUCGAAAUGGGACACCUUCGGAUUUGAGGAACCAGCACCGGGUGCAACAAUUGAGGUCACGUCUCAAGAUGAUUCCGCUUUACAACUCUCCACACAGGAUAAGAAACCACCUCCGAACAAAUCAAACUCCCUGUCGAGAAAGAUCGUCUUUGGGAAGAAGAGAUGGAGCCUCGGUUACAUCCCGCAGAAAUCACAAAGCCUUCUUUUGGGGAGGAAUAAAUCGAUGAAACCAAUCAAAGACGAGCAUAAUUCUUAG